CAUCGCUGGCCUUCGAGUGAUUUCUGAAGUUGCGACAAAGAAAGAUGCUGCGCCGCGCCGUCCUCCGCCCUGCCAGCCGCGCUGCCCGCGCCUUCACCUCGGCGGCAGGCCCCAAGCCCGACAUUACGACCAAGCUGCAGAACGCAGGGCCUGUGUCGUGGGCGAGCAUGGCCUUGGCCGGCGUCAUUGGCGGCGGCGUCUUGAUGUACUACAAGAACGAGAAGGACCGCUUGCAGACGCAGACGACGGGCAAGGUCACGACGGUCGGGAAGGCGCUUUUGGGCGGCCCGUGGACGCUGGUCGACUGCGCGUCGGGCACGUGCGUCACGGAUGCGUCGUUCCGCGGCAAGCACACGAUUCUGUACUUUGGCUUUACGCACUGCCCGGACAUUUGCCCGAACGAGCUUGUGCGCCUUGGCGAAGUGCUGGACAAGGUUCCCGACCUCGACAUUGAGCCGCUCUUCAUCACGGUCGACCCGGCCCGCGACACGGUGGCGCAAAUGGAGGCGUACAAGCAGGACUUCCACCCGAAGCUGCGCAUGCUCUGCGGGACGCCCGACAUGAUCAAGGACGUGACCAAGGCGUACCGCGUCUACUUCACCAAGGCCGAUGAGACCGAGGUCGACGACGACGCCGAGGAGGACGAAGAGUACCUCGUAGACCACUCGAUCGUCAUGUACCUCAUCGGCCCCGACGGCGAGUUUAUGGACUUUUUCACGCAGUCGGCGCGCGUCGACGACAUUGUCAAGAAGAUUCGCACGCUUGUCCAACAGUAAUAUCGCUGGGUAAAGACUCCAAUAUAGAUGGGCUCUGGCCACGACCUGUGUGCGAGGUACGAGGUAUAAGCUGCCGGAGCUAUGCUCUGUACAUCCUACGGACCAUGGAGAGGCAACCGACAAAGGAGGUACUGUAUGUAGCGUCGGCACCGACGCGCGCCGAGCGUGCGACCGGUGGCGCUUAACGGUAGAGUUGUUCGACAGACAAGUUGUGCGCAAUCUCAAACUCCCACUUGUC